AUGCCGUUGCCUCCAGUCUACAUUGUCUCCACAGCACGUACGCCGAUUGGGUCUUUCCAAGGUGGAUUAUCGUCGUUACUGUACAGUGAUCUCGGUGCCCACGCCGUUAGGUCAGCGUUGGAAAAAGUUCCGCAAAUCAAGCCGGAACAAGUUGACGAAAUCUUGUUUGGCGGUGCGUUGCAGGCCAAUGUUGGCCAGGCCCCAGCUAGACAGGUUGCCUUGAAAGCUGGCUUGAGUAACGCUAUUGUUGCCACCACCAUCAACAAGGUUUGUUCUUCCGGGAUGAAGGCGGUUAUCAUUGGUGCUCAAAACAUCAUUUGCGGCACUAGCGAUAUCGUUGUUGUUGGAGGAGGCGAGUCAAUGUCUAACACUCCUUACUAUCUCCCCAGCGCUAGAUCAGGCGCCAGAUAUGGCGAUGCUUCCCUCGUUGACGGUAUUCAAAAGGAUGGGUUGUUGGAUGUCUACAGCAGCAAGUUGAUGGGUGUUGCCGCCGAGAAAUGUGCUGCUGACCACAAGAUUUCCAGAGAAGACCAAGACGAAUUUGCUAUCAACUCGUACAAGAAAGCCCAGGAUGCUCAGGCCAAGGGCAAAUUUAGCAACGAGAUUGCCCCAAUUACAAUCAAGGGCGUGAGAGGUAAACCCGAUGUUGUCGUUGCUGAGGAUGAAGAAGUCAAGAACUUCAACGAGGCCAAGUUCAAGACGGCGAGAACCGUUUUCCAAAAGGAAAACGGCACUGUGACGGGCCCAAAUGCAAGUAAGUUGAACGAUGGUGCCGCUGCGUUGGUUUUGGUUUCAGAAGCUAAAUUGAGAGAAUUGGGCUUGAAGCCAUUGGCAAGGAUCAUCGGGUGGGGCGAAGCUGCAAGAGAACCCAUCGAUUUCACCAUUGCUCCUGCUUUAGCUGUGCCAAAAGCAUUGAAACAUGCUGGUGUCGACCAGGAAUCAGUGGACUUUUUUGAAUUCAACGAAGCAUUCUCAGUGGUUGGUGUUGCCAACACUAAACUCUGUAACAUCCCCUUGGAAAAAGUCAACGCCUACGGUGGUGCUGUUGCCUUGGGUCACCCCUUGGGCUGUUCGGGUGCCAGAAUCGUUAUAACUUUGUUGUCGGUGUUGUCACAAGAAGGUGGUAAGAUUGGUUGUGCUGGUAUAUGUAAUGGUGGUGGUGGUGCUUCGUCUAUUGUUAUUGAAAAGAUGGAACCAGAAACCAAAUUGUAA